AUGAUGUGCGAGGUGAUGCCGACAAUCAGUGAAGCAGAAGGCCCUCCAGGAGGAAGUGGGAGCCAUGGAUCUGGCUCCCCUUCACAGCCAGAUGCAGAUUCACACUUUGAACAGUUGAUGGUAUCCAUGCUAGAAGAAAGAGACCGUCUUUUGGAUACACUGAGAGAGACUCAAGAAACGCUGGCGUUAACCCAGGGGAAAUUACACGAGGUUGGUCAUGAGAGAGAUGCCUUGCAGAGACAGCUCAAUACUGCACUUCCACAGGAAUUUGCAGCACUUACGAAAGAGCUCAAUGUAUGCAGAGAACAACUCCUGGAAAGGGAAGAAGAAAUUGCUGAGCUAAAAGCAGAAAGAAACAACACCAGGCUGCUGUUGGAGCACUUGGAGUGCCUUGUAUCCAGGCAUGAGAGAUCUCUUAGGAUGACAGUGGUGAAGAGACAGGCACAGUCUCCAGCGGGCGUGUCCAGUGAGGUUGAAGUGCUGAAAGCACUGAAGUCAUUAUUUGAACACCACAAAGCUUUGGAUGAAAAGGUGAGAGAGCGAUUACGAGUAGCACUUGAAAGGUGUAGUUUGUUAGAAGAAGAAUUAGGUGCCACGCACAAGGAGCUAAUGAUUCUUAAAGAACAGAAUAACCAGAAAAAAACACUAACGGAUGGAGUACUUGACAUAAACCACGAACAAGAAAAUACACCCAGCACGAAUGGAAAGAGAUCUUCUGAUGGUUCUUUAAGCCAUGAGGAAGACCUUGCCAAGGUAGUUGAGCUCCAAGAAAUCAUAGAUAAGCAGUCCAGAGAGCAGAGCCAGAUGAAGGAGCGCCUGGCUGCCUUGUCCAGUCAUGUAGCAGAGCUGGAAGAAGACCUCGACACCGCCAGGAAGGAUCUCAUCAAAUCUGAAGAAAUGAACACAAAAUUGCAACGAGAUGUCCGUGAAGCCAUGGCCCAAAAAGAAGACAUGGAGGAGAGAAUCACUACUCUUGAAAAACGCUACCUCGCAGCACAGCGUGAAGCCACAUCUGUGCAUGACCUCAAUGAUAAACUUGAAAAUGAAAUUGCUAAUAAAGAUUCCAUGCAUCGACAGACUGAGGAUAAAAACCGCCAGUUACAAGAGCGCUUGGAGUUGGCGGAGCAGAAGCUGCAGCAGACCUUGCGGAAAGCAGAGACACUCCCCGAGGUGGAAGCAGAGCUGGCCCAGAGGGUGGCGGCGCUGUCUAAGUCUGACCCUUUGUCUUCUGGGAGCUCUGCCGCUAAGGAAGCUAAACUGUUGGAACUUACUUCCAAGCUUAGGAAGGCUGAAGAGAGACACGGCAACAUUGAAGAAAGGUUACGACAGAUGGAAGCGCAGUUGGAGGAGAAGAACCAAGAACUGCAGCGGGCAAGGCAGAGAGAGAAAAUGAAUGAAGAACAUAAUAAACGUUUAUCAGACACAGUCGACAAGCUUCUUUCAGAAUCUAACGAGAGGCUUCAGCUUCAUCUCAAAGAGAGAAUGGCUGCUCUAGAAGAUAAGAAUUCUCUAUUACGAGAAGUUGAAAGUGCAAAAAAGCAGUUAGAGGAAACGCAACAUGAUAAGGAUCAGCUUGUCCUGAACAUUGAAGCAUUGAGGGCUGAACUAGACCAAAUGAGACUACGAGGUGCUUCACUUCAUCAUGGCCGACCCCACUUGGGCAGUGUCCCAGAUUUCAGGUUCCCUGUGGCAGACGGUCACACAGAUUCCUACAGCACCAGCUCAGUGUUGCGGCGCCCCCAGAAAGGCCGUCUGGCAGCUCUGCGAGAUGAGCCUUCCAAGGUACAGACUCUUAAUGAACAGGACUGGGAACGCGCCCAACAGGCUAGUGUGCUGGCGAAUGUAGCACAAGCGUUCGAGAGCGACGUCGACGUGUCUGAUGGCGAAGAGGACAGGGACACCCUCCUGAGCUCGGUGGAUCUUUUGUCACCCAGUGGCCAGGCCGACGCCCAGACCUUAGCCAUGAUGCUCCAGGAGCAGCUGGAUGCCAUCAACAAGGAGAUCAGGUUGAUACAAGAAGAAAAGGAAAACACAGAGCAGCGGGCAGAGGAGAUUGAAAGUAGAGUUGGCAGUGGAAGUCUGGACAACCUUGGUCGUUUUAGAUCAAUGAGCUCCAUCCCCCCCUAUCCCGCCUCCUCGUUGGCUGGCUCCUCCCCUCCAGGCAGUGGUCGUUCCACCCCGAGAAGGAUGCCUCACAGCCCAGCCAGGGAGGUGGACAGACUGGGGAUCAUGACUCUGCCUAGUGAUUUAAGGAAGCAUCGUAGAAAGUUGCCAGCCUCCAGAGAAGAGGUACGAGAUGACAAGACAACGAUAAAAUGUGAAACCUCACCCCCUUCUUCCCCGAGGUCCCUUCGUCUAGACAGGCUGCAUAAAGGGGCCUUGCAUACGGUCAGCCACGAGGACAUCAGGGACAUAAGAAACUCCACAGGCUCCCAGGAUGGUCCCGUGAGUAAUCCUAGCAGUAGUAACAGUAGCCAGGACUCGCUCCACAAAGCCCCGAAGAAGAAAGGCAUCAAGUCCUCUAUCGGCCGCUUGUUUGGCAAGAAAGAAAAGGGUCGACCCGGGCAAACUGGCAAGGAAUCCUUAGGACCAGCUGGUAUUUCAGAGAUGGAUAACUCAUCUCAAGAUGCCCUGGGGCUUAGCAAAUUAGGAGGACAGGCUGAAAAAAAUCGUAAACUUCAAAAAAAGCAUGAAUUGCUUGAGGAAGCCCGGAGACAAGGCUUACCUUUUGCCCAGUGGGAUGGGCCAACAGUUGUGGUUUGGCUGGAGCUCUGGGUGGGGAUGCCAGCCUGGUACGUAGCUGCUUGCCGAGCAAACGUGAAGAGUGGGGCCAUCAUGUCAGCCCUCUCUGACACAGAGAUCCAGCGGGAGAUUGGCAUUAGCAACCCCCUGCACAGGCUGAAGCUGCGGCUGGCCAUUCAGGAGAUUAUGUCGCUGACCAGCCCUUCCGCCCCGCCCACCUCACGGACGACCACAGGAAAUGUCUGGUUAACACACGAAGAGAUGGAAACGCUCGCAGCCACGCCGCAAACGGAAGAUGAGGAGGGAAGCUGGGCUCAGACACUCGCAUAUGGGGACAUGAACCACGAGUGGAUUGGCAAUGAGUGGCUCCCCAGCCUGGGCCUUCCUCAGUACCGCAGCUAUUUCAUGGAGUGCCUUGUAGAUGCCAGGAUGCUGGAUCACUUGACAAAGAAGGAUCUGCGAGGGCAACUGAAAAUGGUUGACAGUUUUCACAGGAACAGUUUCCAGUGUGGAAUUAUGUGCCUGCGGAGGUUAAAUUAUGACCGGAAAGAACUGGAAAGAAAAAGAGAAGAAAGUCAGAAUGAAAUAAAAGAUGUGCUUGUUUGGAGCAAUGAUCGAGUGAUUCGCUGGAUCCUGUCAAUCGGUCUUAAAGAAUAUGCAAACAAUCUCAUAGAGAGUGGCGUUCACGGUGCACUUCUGGCCUUAGAUGAAACCUUCGAUUUCAAUACACUGGCACUGUUAUUACAGAUCCCAACGCAGAACACACAGGCUCGCGCUGUCUUGGAAAGAGAAUUUAACAACCUUUUGGUCAUGGGAACUGACAGAAGGUUCGAUGAAGAUGAUGAUAAAAGCUUUAGGAGAGCACCGUCAUGGAGAAAGAAAUUCAGACCAAAGGACAUUCGCGGCUUAGCCGCGGGGUCAGCAGAGACACUCCCUGCAAACUUCCGGGUCACUGCUUCUAUGUCUUCACCCUCUAUGCAGCCAAAGAAGAUGCAGAUGGACGGCAGUGUGUCAGGAGCACAGAGGUUGGACCCUGCUACGGUCAGGACUUACUCCUGCUGACGCCUCCUGCUGUUUAUCCACACUACUUCUACAGAUGAUUAUGCAGCAUUUCAACUUCGACAAAGGCUACGUUUUAGAAUUCAACGAAAUCUUUAAUCUGUUAAUACUUGUUAUAUGGACCCUAAGAUAUUUUAUUACAGAGUUUUUAAUUAGUGAAAAAUUCAUGAAUACCAUAGAGAAAAUAUUUUAGAAUUUAAUGUUUCUUAUAUUUAUGUAAACUUAAUGAGUCUUCAUUUAUAUAGUUACUUACUUUUUCAUGUAUAUCCAGGCUAUAAAUAUCCUUUCAAAUCAAUUCCUGUUCUUAUACCUAAUUUUAGUCUUUCAAAUGAAUGUACUGUAAUGCUUGUAUGUAUAAAUCCUAUGAACAGAUAUAGGGCUUUUGUAAAUUACGCAUUUAUUGUAAUUAUCAUUGUUUAAUUUUUUAAUGAUAAACCAUGACAGAGAAAAGGAUUUUACUACGUUUAUAAAAUCAUGAUACAAGCGAUGUGCAUUAUCCUUUACAAAUGCAGCCUAGCUCUACAACAAUCAUUUUGAAAUAAGCAUACUUAAUUUCAAGCAAUUAUUGUCGUAUUUUAAUGACUGACCUUAACUGUACUUUUUCUAGCAAGAAAUGCUUUAUUCUGCAGCGUGAACAGGUUUAAAAUAUCUGAUGUUAAAUAUCAGCUAUUCUAAUCAAAGCUGGACUUGGAAGGAUUGUGAAAAUCUCUUCGCACUGGUUAACCCUUGCCUAGCCUAGUCUUUCUGGACUUGGAUAGCUUGUCUUCAGAGACUGAUGAGGAGCCAUGGGCUGGGAGCCACUCUCUCAGCGGGGAGAGACAGACUUGGGGUGGGGUAGCCUGGGGGCCGGCCCCCCACCUACAGCCUGCUUUCCAGGGAAAGCAGGGCGGCAGGGUACCCGUACAAUGACUCUUCGAGGACCAAUCACUGAGCACUGCGCUCUCAUCUCACAGUCAUCGGUGCCCACAGCGGACGAAGGCAGGAGAUCCUGAAAAUAAUGUAGUGCAACUCUAAUAAAGGCCUUAUUUUUCUUAUGUAAAUCAUCUUUUUACAUUUGUUUGUAAACAUGUUAAAAGAAUGAACCUAGUAGUACAUUUUUAGAUUUUGAUGAUAUAAGUAGCAAAUGUAACUUUUACUUUUUAAAUGGCAUAUUAAAAAGCCAGCAAGAAAUGUGUCAGAUCAUGGUGCGUUAUUUAUUAUGCAACUGAUACAUAGCUAGAGACAGCAUGUCUUUUUACAUUUGGUUCCUGCUUUUAAUUCACUUGUACAAUUCAUUGUUACUGUUCUGUUUUUCUAUUAAUCUUUUGUGAACUUCCUGAUUAUGUAACAAAGUAUGUACAGUCUACUUUUGAACUAUUUUUAUCACAGUAUUAUUUAUUGCUUUCUUUCAAUAAAAUACUGAAGCAUUUUCCACU